GCAAAAAGACGCAAAAAAGACGACGAACGCAAAAAGACGACGAACGCAAAAAGACGACGACCGCAAAAAGACGACGAACGCAAAAAGACGACGGACGCAAAAAGACGACGAACGCAAAAAGACGACGAACGCAAAAAAACGACGAACGCAAAAAGACGACGAACGCAAAAAGACGACGAACGCAAAAAGACGACGAAGGCAAAAAGACGACGAACGCAAAAAGACGACGAACGCAAAAAGACGACGGACGCAAAAAGACGACGAACGCAAAAAGACGACGAACGCAAAAAGACGACGAACGCAAAAAGACGACGAACGCAAAAAGACGACGAACGCAAAAAGACGACGUACGCAAAAAGACGACGGACGCAAAAAGACGACGAACGCAAAAAGACGACGGACGACGCAAACGCAAAAAGACGACGAACGCAAAAAGACGACGAACGCAAAAAAGACGACGAACGC